AUGUCUGUAACGGUUGAAGCAUUCACUAUCACCACCCUUCCCUCUCCUCCUCCUUCUCCUUCGUUACCCUCGCAAACCCCACUCACAUGCACGGGAGCGAACUCAACCGUCACCGACCUAAAACCAUCUCCCAAAGCCGUCAUCAACGGAAUAGCACCUCACGUUUUCGAUGAACGAAAGACUCGGCCACAGGGUAGAGGUUCUGGUUCUAGUCGACGAUGCCAUCGACGGCUUCAGUAUAUCCAGAAGCAGUAUCCGAGAAUCGAGAGUUCGCCAUUACACGUAUCGAGGUCGUAUACAUUCGAGGACCUACAGGUACAGGCACAAGUUGAGUUUAUUGUCACGGAUACUAAGAAGGCCGUGAAUGAUAGUCCGAUGAAGAAUGAAUUGAAGAGUGCGGGGGUUCGACUCACGAGGUCCCGAAGCUGGAACCUGUUGAAGAUCCAUGUGGAUGUCCAUGCCUUCAAGUCUUUUGGGAAACUAUUGAAGCAUAGAGUAUAG